AUGAAAAAACUCGAAGCUCUCGCCACUCUCUCUCUCUGUGAAGUUUCUCUCAAAAUAAAGGAAAAAGAGGUGCUUUUCUACCGUCAAACUGUCGUAAAAUUGUUCCAUCAGUCCAUUCAACGCUCUACUUUUUAUCCUCUUUCUUCGUCCCCAGAACACACACAUCCUACGACACCAAACAAGUACACAAGAAGAAUGACUGAUUCGAAAAGAUCGAACGCCGCGGGCGAGAAGUACGCCUUGCGAGGGAUCUACGGCUCCGAGCCGUACUGGCCGCAAGAGAAGCUGAAGAUUUGCGUCACCGGCGCCGGCGGGUUUAUCGCCUCGCACCUGGCAAAACGUCUCAAAGAGGAAGGCCACUACGUGGUCGGCGCGGAUUGGAAGCGCAACGAGCACAUGCCGGAAGAAAUGUUUUGCGACGAAUUUAUCCUCUCCGAUUUGCGUUUGUUCGAGAACUGCGCCAAGGUGUUGGAAGGAUGCGACCAUUGCUUUAACUUGGCCGCGGAUAUGGGCGGGAUGGGCUUUAUUCAAUCCAAUCACUCGGUUAUCUUUUACAACAACAUGAUGAUUUCGUUCAACAUGGUUGAAGCUGGGAGAGUGAAAGGCGUGAAGAGAUUUUUCUACGCGUCUUCGGCGUGCAUCUACCCGGAGAGCGCGCAGUUGGUGACGGACUUAUCCGCGGGUUUGAAGGAAGCCGCGGCGUGGCCGGCGCAACCGCAAGACGCGUACGGUUUGGAAAAAUUGGCCUCGGAGGAAGUGUACAAGCACUACCAAGGUGACUUUGGCAUGCAAUGCAGAAUUGGUCGAUUCCACAACAUCUACGGCCCCUACGGGACGUGGAAGGGCGGCAGAGAGAAGGCGCCGGCGGCGUUUUGCCGUAAAGCCGCCUUGGCUGAAGGUGAGAUUGAAAUGUGGGGAGACGGUAAGCAAACCCGUUCGUUCACGUACAUCGACGAUUGCGUCGAAGGUAUCUUGAGAUUGACCAAGUCUGACUUUGGCGAACCGUUGAACCUCGGCUCGGACGAGAUGGUUUCCAUGAACGAGAUGCAAAAGAUGACUCUCGAAUUCGCGGGUAAACCGGACAUGCCGAUCAAGCACAUUCCCGGUCCGGAAGGCGUGAGAGGCAGAAACUCAAACAACGAGUUGUGCAUGGAAAAACUCGGGUGGGCGCCGUCCGUCAAGUUGGCCGACGGCUUGAAGGUGACCUUUGAAUGGAUCAGCGAAAAGAUUGAAGAAGACAAGAAAGCCGGCACCGACGUCUCCGCCUUGGGAAAAUCCACCAUCUGUGGUACCAUGGCCCCGACGGAAUUGGGCGCCUUGAGAAAGAAGGACGGCGAAGAGGAGUUGGCCAAGUAA